CUUUACUUCAGCCUAAAAAGAUAUAUCUACAUUCUAGUCAGAAAUGUCAUUUAUUGACUCGUCCUUUAACGUAGAAAUAGUGUACAAUUUUUAUCUUAAGUUUAUAGCUGAAACUUUGCUAUAUUUGAGAAAUUUUAUUUUAUACAUAAGCUUAUGGAUCGCGGGCUACCUCUGUGUUUGUUGUGUUGUGUACCGAAGAUAUGCAAGAAAGUUACCUACGCGGAUUCGUGGAGCACUCGGUGCCAAACGGGUUCUUCUAGUAAUAGCGCACCCGGAUGACGAAUGUAUGUUUUUCGGGCCAACAAUAUUCAGAUUAUGCGAACAGGGUGCUGAAGUGUACAUAUUAUGUUUAUCAAACGGUAAUUAUGAGGGAAAGGGCAAUAUUAGACAAGAAGAGUUAUGGAAUGCUUGCAGAGUACUUGGAGUUCCUGAAGGAAAUAUUUAUCUUAUUAAUGAUACAAGAAUGAAAGAUGACCCUAAAGUUCAAUGGCCCGUGCAGGUCAUAGCUAAACUUAUACACCAUCAUGUUGAAGCAUUAGAAGUUGAUACCCUAGUCACAUUUGAUAGAGGUGGUAUUUCAUCCCAUCCAAAUCAUUCUGCAGUGUUUUAUGCUGUAGCUUAUAUGUUUGUUGAGAAGAAUAUGCCUAAGAGGUGCACUUUCUACACAAUGGAUUCUGUUAAUAUUUUGAGAAAGUAUAUGGGUUUUUUGGAUCUACCGCUAAGUUUUGUGCUGUCUUCUAAAAGAUAUUUCCUCCGUUGGACGGAAAGUCGUCGAGUGAUGCGUGCGAUGAAGCAACACAGGUCACAAAUGGUGUGGUUCCGGUAUUUAUAUGUUAUUUUCUCUCGAUACAUGGUCAUAAAUACACUAAGGAAGAUAAACUUAGCUGAUAUUGAGCUGGAACUUGAAGUUGAUGAUUGAAUUUCAAUAUAUCUUUAGUAUUCAAAUAUUAUUUGUGUUGUAUUUUCGAAGCUUGAGUUUUUCUGGUUUAUGUACAGUAUACGAUUUUUUGUUUACUACCCAAUUGUGAGAUGUCCUUUGAUACAAUGCAAGUAUAGAUGGAAAACUUAUCACAGCGACUUUGAUAUGUGCUAAAUUAAAACUCUUAGCCCACUUUUGCAAGGGAAUUUUUCAGCGCUUGAAAAACGCUCUUGUUUCCUUCGUCAUGUACUCAAAAUGCAAAACUGCUUUAAAAGAAUGUUGUGUUUUAAAUCCAUUUGUUCUACUUGAACGUUUUUUUCUUGCACACUUACAAAUAGCGGUAAGCAAAUUUAAUUCUUUGACUGUACCUUUAGGUUAGUUGUAACAUAUCAAUGGUAGUCAGCUAGAAUUUUGAACUUAGUUUCCUUUGUUUGUUCUUAAAGCAAGAUCACAUUUAGAGCUAAUAAAAAUUAAGUUUGUUUUUCGAAGUCGCUACAUG